AUGGCCGGGCCGGGGCGGGCGCAGGAGGCCCUGCAGGAGCGGUACCGGCUGGGCUCGCUGCUGGGCCGGGGCGGAUUCGGCAGCGUCUUCGCAGCAACGCGUCUCUCGGACGGCACCCCGGUAGCCAUCAAAAGGGUGCCACAGAACCGCGUCCAUCACUGGGGUGAGCUGCCCGACGGCACCAGCGCACCCCUGGAGAUCGUGCUGCUGGACAAGGUGUCCAGUGGCUUCUCCGGCGUGGUCCAGCUGCGGGAGUGGGUUGAGCUCCCCAACGACAUCUUGAUGGUGCUGGAGCGCCCGGAGCACUGUCAGGACCUGCACCAUUUCAUUCGGGCACGGGGCUUCCUGUCCGAGGGGGUGGCGCGGCAGCUGUUCCACCAGGUGCUGGAGGCCGUGUGGCACUGCACCAGCUGCGGGGUCCUCCUCAGGGAUAUCAAGCCAGAAAACAUCCUGGUUGACCUGGCCACCGGGCAGGCCAAAUUGAUUGAUUUCGGCUGUGGCACCUACCUACAAGAGGCAGCCUACACUCACUUUGCAGGAACACCAUCAUACAGCCCCCCGGAAUGGACCCAUUUUGGCUGGUACUAUGGCAAGCCAGCUACCAUCUGGUCCCUGGGCAUCGUGCUGCACCAGAUGGUCUGCGGGGAGCACCCUUUCAGGAGGGACCAGAACAUCAGCUGGGACCAUCAGCUCUCGCUGCCACAACGGCUCUCUCCAGAGUGCCAAGAUCUGAUCAGGCAGUGUUUAUCCAUGCUGCACGUGGAAAGGCCCUCAUUAGAAGAGGUGUUCUGUCAUCCUUGGAUGCAGGAUAUCCAUCUGCCCUAGAAGAAGGGAGAGAGCCACAGGCACACUGUGCUGCAGAGCCCCGCUGGGGCCCUGGGCAGAACCCUGACAGCCUGGUCUGAGCCCAGGGAAGGAGAAGGAGCCCCUGGAAAAUCUGUAUCAGGUGGGGCUGCUGCUGCAGGAGACAGCGAGGAUCACAUCAAGGAUGACAGCCUCUUCCUGUACCUGGCCACUGAGGAAUCGUUCCAGCUGGGAUCCAGUCUGGAUCAGGAAGUGCUUGGGAGCAGCUCUGGCGUGGAUGGGCCGUACCCUUGGAGCAGGCUGAGGACAUCGUUUGGGACCAGCUUUUCUUCCAGCCAUGGAUGGCAUGAGGUGGGUCCCCGUCUGCUUGGCAGGGUGGGAUCAGAGCUUU